GGCCAACGUCUAAAAUAUAAAGGUUCAAGAUGUCGUUCGAGUUUUAUCUCGACGCCGAGGGUCGCUCGAAACGCCGCAUCACCAACUGGUACUACAACAACUUGCAGAGAGUGCUGGAACAGGCCAAGGAAAAUCGUGCUCGGAAUGUAGACACGUCUAUUGCUAUGGCCAAGGAACUUAAAGCGAUCUUGGAUGAACCCCGAGUCAAACCUCGUGAGGUACCCCCCCACGACGUGACCCCCCAAGAGAAGGCCGAAAUGAUGAAGCCAGUUGAACCAGGAGAGUUGGAUAUCCUGUACGGUAGCUCGGAGAAGUAUGCAGACCGGAGGUACCUCAAGGCCAGGAAUAAGAAGUCACCGGAGGAUAAAUAUUUCUUCCGCGUGGUAACGAGUUGGGACUACGGGUGGCAGCAGAAGUCUAGCCGCCUGCUCGGGAAGGACGCCCACCACGGCCGCUGUGCCCUCCUGAAAGAAACGUUCUACAGAAAGAACAACCCCACGCCCGACCCGCCGACGUACGCGCAGCCCGUCGGCGGGGAAUUCUCCGUGUGCACGCAAUACUCGUGUUACGCCGGCUAG